AUGGACCCGGACGCAGCAUUGGAGGACCUCCCCGAAGAUCUGUUGUCGCGAAUUGUGGUGCCCCUCGACGGCCUUGGCUUCGCUCUCAAGGGGCACUGCCCUGCCCCUACGGCGCUCUCCUUCGCGCAAGCCGGGCGGGGUGUCCUCGCUGCCGCCAACACGGCGGCGCAGCGGCUUUUCGCGCAGAUGUUCGCCCCCGAGAUUCCCAGCAGCCUGCAAAAAGCGGGAAGCGGCUGUCGCGGGAAGCUUUUCUUGCGCCUGGACCAGGGACGCUCGCGGGAGCCGAAGUCGGUACAGGAGACCUUCUGUUGGGCUGCUGGGCAUGGCUACUGCAGCUUUCUGGCCUGCACCGCAGCUCGCAUCGAGCGGACGACAGAGCCCAGAGUGCUGGUCAAGCUGCUCAACGGGGGAAAGGAGCCUCCACUGUGGCGUGCGGCGAAGCGACAUCAGCCCGGCGCCGUGGCACUCCUCUUGGAGAUGCGUGCCGAAGCCGACCGCAUCUUCUGCCGCGGCACCACCCCGCUCUUUUGGGCAGCGCGGCACGGCGACGUGGCCUCCGUCAGGCGUCUGCUGGAGCUGCGCGCCUCGCCGCUAGCGGCGAUGAGGCCAGAGGCGCAGCAGCAGGCGCCAGGCGCAGCCGUGCGUCCCCCCGGCGGCGAGUGCCCCUUGAGCGCAGUACUGCAAGCGCCGGCGGCGGAGGUGUCGGGGGGCCGUCUGGAGGCCCUUCAGCUCAUGGCCGAGGCACUGACUGCGCAGCAGAAGUCGGGAGACUCCGCGCGCCGUGCGCUUCUGGCCGCCUGCGGCACCGCGAACGCCGUGCCUUACGUGGCCGUGCUGCUGGAUGCUGGCUGUGGGACCGCGGUUCCGGAAGAUCCGGUACCUGCGUCCCUUCAGAUGGAGACUCCACUGCUCGCGGCGCUGAAUAGGGGGUGCUUGGAUGUGGCGGAGCUGCUCUUUGCCAAGGACAAGACGGCCUCCAUCAACGCCACGUUGCCCUCGGGCAAGGCUGCUCUGCACCUGGCAGCGGAACGAGGCGACGCAAGGCUGGUGGCCUCGCUUUUAAGUGCCCGGGCGCAGCUCGACGCGGUGACCUCCUCGGGCCGUGCGGCUCUUCACCUCGCCGUGGAGCAUGGCCACGUGCAAGCGGUGCAGGUGCUCUGCCAGCACGACGACACGAGGCUACAUCACCUUCUUCAGCCGACGCCCAACGGAGCCUCCCCAGUCUGUCUGGCAGAGCGAAGGGGGAAACCGUCUCUAAUCCUGCCCAUGCUGCGGUGCUACCACAGGCACCUUCGAGAAAGAUACCUCGCUGGCAAGCUCGGGGACGCAGGGGACAAGGUAAGCCAUCCUGGUUUGACGGCCCUCUGCAUUCAGCAUCGCGACCUCCUCUUCAACACCCAGGAGGCGGACACCGGCUGCAUGAAGGGCAUGCCCCAGACGGCCAAAAUUGCCGCGUUGACGCUGCUGCCGGAGCCUGUGGUAGCGGAAGAGGACCUCAAGUCUUCACGCUACAAGCGGGUGCUCGACCAGCCCCACGAGGACCGAGGGCGCCUCAAGGGGCAGCUGGAAGAUGGCAAGCCCAACCCGAGGACGCGUGCUGCCAGCGCUGAUGGACCCAAGAGCCCUGCGAUACGCAGGGUGCCACGGAGGCCGUGGGGCUCCGCCCUGGUGAAGCCACGCCGAGGCCCAAAGUCGGCUACAACCGGUGCAGCGACGGACGCCGGGGCGGGCACCAGUUGCCCCUCCUCGCAGGCACUCCUUCGUCGCCCUCCUCGGCCCGAUGCCGACGCGCCGCGUUCCGAGGCUGCCCGCGCCGGGGCCGCCGCGGCCAUAGCGGCGGACGAUGCGAUGCAGGACUUGCUACAAGGCUUCCUGUCCGAGUCCGAGGAUACGCAUGAGCCCAGGUACUCCAGCCUGCUGCCUCCUGCAGAUCCUCCCCAUGCAUCGCAUGCCAACAUCUACCAUGUGAUCGUCGGCCGCGUACUCCAGCGCUGUUUUCACCAGGAGAAGGGAACUUGGGCUCUCUACUGGGAUGCCGGCCUCUUCGGUGUGGAUCCGGGCUGGUGGCUUGCGGAAACAGGUGCGGCGUUUGGGGAGAAAGCGCUUCUCUGGGCUGAGGGCGGCGAGGGCCCGGAGUCUCCUCCCGCAGGUGGCUGGCGGUUGCGCGGCUACCUCGGGACAGAGUACCAGGACCUCCCACUGGCCGUGGAAGAGCUGCCGCCGCAGGAGACGGCGGCCGUCGAGGAGGAGCUGCCCCAGCAGCCGAGACGGGCAUCGGCGCUGCUCGGGACAGUGCUGAAUCCGUGCUUCGAAGGAGUGCUCCGACUGUGUGAGCAGGGCUUAGAUUGCUUGCAUCACUCUGUGCAGCAGACUGUGGAGCCUCCCCGGGACUAUGAGAAGGAGGCGGCUUCGCUGCGGGUGGCCCUAGAGAAAGCCACGGAGGAGCUGGCGCAGCUCAGGCAACCUCUCAGUCGGAAUGCCCAGAUCGCUGCACGUCUCAUCGCAGGCAAUGCCGGGGCAUCUUUGGUGCUGACUACAUUUCUGCCGUGGUCGCGGCUAAGCCGCGAUGAGCGCAGGAAGCGGGGCGACGAGGCAUUGAAGGCGAAAGCAAAGGACCGCGUGGCGAAGGCAGCGCUCAGCUUUGCUGAUGGCGAUCAGAGAGUGCUGCUGCCCACCGCCCGUCUCUCAGAGGAGGGUAUAGAGAUGCACUUACUUUGA